AUGAGGCCCGCUUUGGAUCUUCUUCGAUUUUCAACCCUUUUGCUUUCAGCUGUGAUUGCUUCCGACACGAAAUAUCCAAAUGCGCUUGAAAGUGCACAGCUGGAGAGUCUGAAUUCGUAUAUUGUCAUCUUCAAACCCCAUGUAUCUUCAAACAACAGAAAGAUUUAUGGCCGGUGGAUCGAAAACCAGAUCUCGAAGGAUGAAUCAUGGAACGAUGGCGAACAAAGCUCUACUCAAUUUCCGCUUGAAUCUAGACCACGAGCUUUUGGCCUGAAACAUGCCUAUGACAUCAAUGGGCAGCUGUUUGGAUAUUCUGGUCAAUUUAAUGAUAUUUUGCUUAAGAAGAUUCAGCAACAUCCAGACAUAGCCUGGGUUGAGAGGGACUCUGAAGUCCAAAUCCAGGCUCGAGAUGAAACAGUCGUUCAGAAUGAUGCACCGUGGGGACUUGCUCGAAUAUCACGAAGAGAAAGGCUCCAUGGAAAACAUGGCAACCCGUAUCUAUAUUCAGAAGAGGCAGGCGAGGGUGUCAAUGUUUAUAUCGUCGACACCGGUAUCGACAUUAACCAUGCGGACUUCGAAAGCCGUGCUUUUAUAGGGACAACAAUUAUUGCUGGCGAAGUUGACGAAGAUGAACACGGGCACGGCACUCACUGCUCUGGUGUGUUUAUUGGCAAGAAAUUUGGAGUUGCAAAAAGAGCUGAAAUAUGUUCUGUCAAAGCUAUAUCGUCAAAUGGGAGAGGAAAACAGUCUGAUAUGAUCAAAGCUCUGGAAUGGAUUAUCAACACCAACAAAAAGAAUUUCGAGAAUCAACGCACGAGAAGCACCAAGGUAUUCAGAGGCAGCGUUGUGGAUAUCAGCAUUGGAGGGCCAAAGUCUAUUGCUUUGAAUAUGGCAAUCGACGCUGCCAUAGCUGCCGGAAUCCAUGUUUCUGUGGCAGCUGGAAAUGAUAACGGUGAUGCUUGUCAGCAUUCUCCUUCCAGUUCCAACUUAGCCAUAACUGUUGGUGCAUCUACGAUAUUGGACGAGAGAGCUUGGUUCUCCAACCACGGUAGAUGCACCGAUAUUUUCGCUCCUGGGUUUGACAUCCCUGGGCCAUGGAUUGGUCAAAAUAACUCUUCUCGAAGCACGUCGGGAACCUCAACAGCGUCACCGCAUGUUGCUGGUCUUCUUGCGUACUUCCUGUCACUUCAGCCUGCACAAAGUUCUGCUUAUACUGUUACACCUUUGACUCCACAGAAGAUGAAGAAACUUCUGAUUGCCAUAUCCACGAAAGCCAAACUCGCCAAUGUUCCUAGUGGCACUCCAAAUUUCCUAAUUUGGAAUGGAGAGGGAUCCUCGAACAUAAGCCAGCUUCAAUUCUAA